AUGCACCCCCCCUUAACGAUUCACAGGCACCCUAUGUGUGCUGAAAUUAUUAAAGAGUUCCAGCAGUGCCAUAUUGAUCAUCCUCUUGGAAAAUUUUUUGGUCAAUGCACGGAUUUAAAAAUUAAGCUCGAUAGGUGUUUCCGUGAAGAAAAAGCUGUUAAGCGGAAGGCAAAUUUCGAAGAGAGCAAAAGGUUGAAGGAGAGAUUGAGGGCUCAAAGGAAGGAGAAUCUCGAGACGAAAGAAGAAAAGAAUUUUGCACAAGGGUGA